AUGAGAAUAGCAAGAAUGGUAAAGUUACUUUGUUUUUAUCCUGAAAUAAUGAAUCAAUUCUAAAAAUCAAUAUUAUAGCAAAAUAAUCAAGCGCUUUACAUAUUCUUGAUAAAGAAAAAUAAUAGGAGAGAAAGCAACCUCAGAUUACACUAAGAUUUCUAAAAAAAAUUCCUUAAGAAAUCAAAAAACCUUGACUCAAAAUUAAAUACUAUUGCAAUAAAUAUUAUAAAAAUUUAUUUUUUAUAGCAUGAGUAAGAAAUCUCUUUAAAAUAUUAAGCCUAAAAGGUUAAUAAAAUCCUUAUUAUGAUUUUUAGUUGA